AUGAAAGAAAUGCAACCGAGAACAUGCCUCAGAGAAGCCGAUUUUGAAGAAGGAAAAAGAGAGCUGGAAAUGGAAAUUGUUGCAGCACACUUGGCGCAUCAAGACAGGAGGGGCCAUUGCGGUGAUGGACAGGAAGAAAGAGACAGAAAACAUGGAAGCUAUUCUCGGGACAGUUCACCGCCUCGACAACUGACAACAGCCGCAACGGUUACGAGCAAAGGAGCACUGCAAGAAAUGGUGGAUGAAGGAGAUGAAUGGGAAUGGGGAAAUCGUCAAAUGGACGAUGAACUGGCUCAUACGAAGGGAGGCAAGAGCCCCAACAGCAUACCGUUUGGCGAAGUUCCAGUCGAAGCAUGCGUAUGGAAUGAAGAUUGGAAUAGUGCGGAGUAUGGGGAUAGGAAGUUAAGGACUGACUGGUUGCUGGUUGUGGGAAGACGAGCUUGGAAAGAAAAGUGUGCUGUGUCUUGGAAAGGGAUGUCCAUAAGAGGCAAUGCAACACAACAUGGGGAUGGUGAUGAAGAGAUGGACGGACGGAGAUGGGGAAAGGAGAGCAAGAGGAACGGAGGGAAAAGGGUGGAUCUGUCUAGCCUCCUGCAGCCAAUGCUCUGGAAAGGGAAGAUUCGUGCAAUCCUGAAGGAAAAAAAACCCUCUUCACCAGCUCGCCAACGACCGACGCAACAGGAAGAGGUCAGCAUCAACUGCGAGGACUGUCAGCAAAAGUUUACAACAUUUCCACAACAGUUCGACAAAUGUUCUGCAAUAGUUCCGCAACAGUUCCACAACAGUUCCCCAACAGUACAACAACAGUUCAACAAAAGUUCAACAACAGUUCGACAAAUGUUUCACAUUAGUUCCACAACAGUCCCACAACAAGUUUAUAACAGUUACACAACAGUUUCGCAACAGUUACACAACAAGUUUACAACAGUUCCACAUCAGGCUUACAACAGUUCCACAAAAGUUUACGAGAGUUCCACAAUAAGUUUACAACGGUUCCACAACCGGUUUAUCACAGCUCCGCAACAGUUCAACCACAGUCCCAAAACAUUUCCGCAAGAGGUUUACAACGGUUCCGCAACAGUUACACAACAGUUUCACAACAGUUCCGCAACAGUUACACAAAAAGUUUACAACAGUUACACAAAAGUUCGACAAAUGAUCCACGAAAGUUCUACGACAGUUAAACAACAGUUCAACUACAGUUCCACAGUAGUUCUACAACAGGUUUACGACAGUUCGACAACAGGUUUACGACAGUUCCACAACAGUUCCGCAACAUUCUACGACAGUCCGACAAAUGUUCCACAACAGUUCAACCACAGUUCCACAACAGUUCCGCAACAGUUGAACCACAGUCCCAAAACAUUUCCACAAGAGGUUUACAACGGUUCCACAAGAGUUCCACAAGAGUUCCUCAAUAUUUUUGCAACAGUUACACAAUAA